UAGCGCCCACUAUCGGAUCUAAUACUAUCUUAUCUUUCAAGCCGAAACCAACCAAACAUAUUCAUUAAAUUUCAUUGUAAAUCAAAUAGGUUACUUCCGAGAUUAGCAUGGACCGCAGGCGCCCCAACUACUCUAACAAUUUACGGUGCAUAUAAACGCUAAAACGACCUGCGGGGUAAGUCACGCGACGACGGCCGCGCAAUGUGGCAUCUCCUGGUGCUGUUGCCCCUGGUCUCCGGCCAGCAGCUGUACGACGCGUUCUCCGGGAAACCCAUCACUGAAGACAGGAGGAAUGAGCUUGACGCUCGCAACUUGACUACCCCGUGUACUGUCAAUGUGGCACCAUGCAAGCACGACGAAGGCCGCCGAGUGGAUGGAACAUGCACUAACCCCAAGUACCCAUCGCUGGGAGCAGUCCCGACCCGAUUGCUAAGGAUGCGACCGGCUCGGUAUGGACUAGGCAACGCACUACGACCCGCCACGAAUGGGUCGAUGUUACCGUCUGCUCGACUGCUCCGCACAAAGAUCUUGACUGAUGGUUUUCAGGAAGACCACAACUUCUCUUUCCUGAUCUCCAGCAUUCUAGUGUUUGGUAUUGCUGACAUUGCUGAUUUGCUGGUUUUGCUGUCAUACUCGAUAGUCAGUGACUGCUGUCUCGGCAACACUCCCAAUCGCGUGAACCCGAAUUGCAUCUCCAUCCCGGUGCCGCAGGACGACCCGUACCUGCGCCGCACCGGCAUCCGCUGCAUGAACCUCACCAGAUUUCCCACAUUCCAGGAGAUGCAGUGUGCGCCUAACUCAUUGCCUGCCGAACGGUAUGUCAUCCUCAGCACUCCAUUAAUAGACUUGUCUACAGUUUAUGGUUCAACAAGUGAGAGGGAGCGGCAAAUUAGGGCCUACGAGGGAGGACUUCUGAAAUCCGAGAUGAGAAAUGGACUGGAAUAUCCUCCUGGCACGGCAGCUAUCUGUAUCAACAACAGACGACCCAUAGAAAAUAGUUGCUAUGAAUUUGGUGAUUCUUAUGGUGGUAACUUAGUUUCUGGUACCUACCUGACUGCAAUGUGGUUUUACCGAGAACACAACCGUCUAGCGAGAAGACUGGCUGAGAUCAACCCGUGUUGGGGCGACCAGAAGCUGUUCGAGACCGCGCGGCAGAUCAACAUCGCGCAGUGGCAAUAUAUUCUGUACUAUGAAGCUACCGCUGCGGUGUUAGGUCGAGAAAAUGCUUUAGAAGCCGGUAUAAUAUACGACACGGAUGAGUAUGUGAAUGACUUCGACCCGCGGUACAAACCGGGUACUUACCACGAAUAUAUCGUUGGGAUACGAUGGUUCCACACUCUGCAGGAUGAACGGAAUGACCUAUACAGCAGAGACGGGAGAUAUCUGGGCACGCGAACGGGCGUGGAUGAUGCAUUCAGGAGCGGGAUCCUGGAAGUGAAUAACACCGAGGCAGACCUUACCCAAGGAACGUUCCGACAACGAGCUGCUAAAGUGGACUACAAUAUGGACCCUGAUUUGGCUGAGCGUUUGUUCGGCGAGCUGCAGAACGCUGGAGAUCUACCGGCAAUCGACAUGAUGAGGGGACGCGACGAAGGCCUGGCGCCGUACCACGAGUACCGCAAGCUGUGCGGUCUGCCCCACGCACACAAGUUCUCCGACCUAGAGGACACCAUAUACCCUGACAAACUAGAACAAAUGCGCCGAAUAUACGACGGAGAAAUUGACGACGUGGAGCUGAUGGUGGCAAUUUAUAGCGAGAGGCUUAUUAAAGGUGGCUGGGUGGGACCCACGCUGUUCUGCAUCAUGGCCAGGAAUAUGAUAGAAUGGAGGAAGUCUGACAGAUUCUUUUUUGAACAUGGAGAUAUACCUGCCGCGUUAACACUUCCUCAGCUACGUGAAGUGAGGUCGACGAGUACGGCAAGAAUCAUCUGCGACAAUGGAGACAGAGUGCACAUGAUACAGCCGCACGCGAUGUACAAUAUAGGCAAGGGGAACGAACUGGCCCCAUGCGAGACAAUCCCGGGCAUCGACCUCAUGAAAUGGGCAGAUCCGCAUUGCCACGGCGAUGCCCACAAAGAGGAACCCAACACUUUCAAAGACGAUGACUAUUGGGCAAAAUAUUACUAUAAGAAAUGAUACUUCAGGAAUACUUAUUGAUUAUGGGAAACAAGCUGAAAUAUUCAAAAUCACAUCGCAAGACAUCCCUAAAAAUCCAUAGAUUAUUUUAUUAAACACAAUUAUUUCAUUUGUCUAAAAAUCGACCAUCUUUCUUAUAUAAAUAAAAUUAAAAUCA